CUCAUACCCUGGAUAUACUGAUACCCAGGGCUUUGCCUCGUACAGCCAGGCUGGUCCAAGUCAGAGCCAGUAGAGCGCCGACUCACAAGUCUCUGACUUCAACUCAGGUGUAUACGCAACAGCCUCGAGUAUUCCAGAGACUCAGGAUCCAAGCAUGUUGUAUUACAUGACGCAGCAACCUGCAACUGUCAACCCCAAUGAGGUUUUACUGAGUUCAGGGUCUGGUUAUGCAACCCAUAAUUACCCCAGCUCCUAUCCAACUGCCGAGCCUACUUCAUCGUCUACAGCCCAGGUUACCACUCCGCACCACUGUUCAGAAUGUGACCGCUUCUUCGGCGGUAACAGAGACCUAAACAAACACAUGAAAACUCACAACAAGCCUGUCAAAUGCAAAGCCGAUCCCAACUGCAACGUCACCAAGGCAGAGCAGCGGGACAUGGAUCGCCACUACCGAACUUCUCACAGAGCCUACGCGGCGAGCAAGGGUAUCCUCACCGAGGAGAGGAUCUGCGGGUUUGAGGGGUGUACUUCAAAGUUUACGAGGCAGGACAAUCUGCUCAAGCAUUGGAAGAAGUUCCACAACUACGAACAGUAACGGAACAGCCGGUGUUCUGCUUUCUUUUCUCCUAUAUUUUACUAGCAUAUGCGGUUUUUUCCUUUGUUCGUCAUCUGUCUCCUGAUUUCAGGUGUUUUUUUGGCCAGCCUACCCUGCCAUGCCACCGUAGCGGGCAAAGACGGGGGAUCGCUUGAGAAGCGAGUACGGGACCACGUACACACCAAUUUAUUCACUCAUUGUUUAGUAUAGUUGUGGUUAUAUAGAUGGAGUAUCAUUUUUUAGCAUGUUUGUUUAUUCAGGUAGAACAAUGAAAUUCUGUUGAUUUCUCUUUUCGCUUUCUAGACACCUCCCAAUCCCAGCCCAAAUCUCGCACUUUUCCUUCCCGCCGUUUCAUUCAGAUAAGCCCAAUGUGUCGUCGAAACCCCCUAAUCUUGUAGUGUAGAAGUAUAACAUGAACAUGUAUUAUGAUUUGACAGAGAGAAUAUUUGUCAUCAAAGGGAAUCUUGUAACAAGAGAUGCAACAAUAAAGAAUAAGAUAUGCGCCGG